AUGAAUCCAGAAGACAACCCAGGAAAAAGCAACUUUAUUGAGAACACCAUAAAGUAUAUCCAGGCCUCACUGAGCCCGGAAGAUGUGCAACUUCUGCUGAAAGAUGAUAAAGUCUGGGAAAAAAUCGUGACGGAGGCCGAGCUGUCCAGGGAUGAGGCACGGGCAAUCCAUGAAGGUCUGAGGAAGAACCACACAGUCAUGGAAGUGAAAGAUAAGUAUCAACAAGAACAGAAAUACAGGGAGAAGUUUCUGAAAUUAUAUCCUCUGGUGAAAAGGGAUGUCGAGGCUCAUAUAGCACAGCUCCGAGCUCUAGCAGACAAGGCCGACAAGUUACACAGAAAGUGCACCAUCUCUAAAAUGGUGGCCAGUUCCACUGGCAUCGUCUCUGGCAUCCUGACCAUAGUUGGCAUAGGUUUGGCACCUGUGACAUCUGGGGUGAGCCUGGUGCUGUCCAUAACUGGGCUGGGGCUGGGGACAGCAUCUUCUGUGACUGGUGUCACCACUAGCAUUGUGGAAAGUACGAGCAUGGCAUCCAUAGAAUCUAACGCCAAUAAUCUGGUAUCAACCGGAAUCAAUCCAGAGAAAGUAUUCCAUGAAGUUCUAAAGGAUAGCGACUCCCAAAUGGCUUCCUCAGAAAAUAGUUUUUUCAGAAGCCUGGAAGACAUGGCGAAGAACAUCCACACCAUCAGGUUACUCAAUGCCAACCCUCACUUAGCAGCCCAAGCCACGUUACUCAUGAACGCGGAAAGGAUCUCAGUGCAAAGUGCCCGGGUGUUGCCAAGAGCUUUGGGGGGCGCUGCUCUGGCAGUGAGCAAAGGGGUGCGGAUCUUUGGUGCAGCCUCUGCAGGCUUAUUCAUUCUGGUGGAUGUGGUCAGCCUUGUGCAAGAUUCAAUAGACUUGCAUAAAGGGGCAAAGACGGAGUCCGCUGAAAAGCUGAGGCAGUGGAUCCGGGAGCUGGAAGUGAUGUUGGAAAAACUCAAACAGAUCAAGGAAAGUCUACUGGGGGACAGAUUUUGUGAUGCCAAGAGGAGCUCACACGUGUAGGACAAAG